AUGGCUUCCACACAACAGGACGAGAGCUUGUCGGAAGAUCUGGCUUGUCCCAUUUGCCUUGACUUCUUUACCGACCCGGUGACACUGCAGUGCGGCCACAACUUCUGUCGCUCCUGCGUCACCCGGACUUGGGAGACAACGGAGAAGAUCUGCUGCCCGGAAUGCGGCGAGGAGUUUGCAGAAAGAAACCUCAGAGCCAGCCGCGCCUUGGCGAACUUGUCCGAGAAAGCUCGAAAAUUGAACCUGAAGACAAGAGAGAAGGGGGACAAAUUUCUCUGCGACGAACACCAGGAAGAACUGAAGCUGUUUUGCCAAACCGACACGAAGCUGAUCUGCUACUCUUGCAGAGAUGCGCGGGAACACCGGGAGCACCAUUUCAUGCCCGUUAACGAAGCUGUUGAAAUAUUUAAGGCUUUGGUGAAAUCUUCCCUGGACUCUGCCACAGAGAAGAAAUCACUGAUUCUGGAAAUGGAGCACCAGCAGAAACAGAAGAUUUCUGAGAUCAGGGACCAGUCACAGGUUCUGGAGAAGCACAUCAUGUCAGAGUUCUCCGAAAUGCACCAGUUUCUCACUGGGAAGGAGAAAGCUUUGAUCGCCGAUCUCCAACAAGAGAAGGGGGAGAUUUUGGGAAAGAUGCAGAAUAACCUUCUAGAAAUCCAGGAGUGUUUAAAAUCUCUUCAGCGGAAACUCUUCAAGUUGCAAGAACAGAUGGAACAAAAAGACAUAAUGCUCUUUCUGAAGGAGGACUCUUGGCGUAAUACAAGUGGAAAUGAUGAGCACCAGGAACUGUCAGUCAAGGACGGCUUUCUGAAUGUGGAAAAAUUCAAAGGACCUUUCUUGGAAACAGUGUGGAAGGAGAUCCUCGAUGCCUUUAAUCCUGCUUCUGUGACCCUGGAUGUGGAAACGGCAAAUCCGAGACUGGAAGUGUCGGACGAUCGGAAGAGCGUGCGGCUGAGCGGGACCUGGAGCAGUCUCCCUGACACCGGCAAGAGGUUCACCGACUGGGCUGGUGUGCUGGGCUCAGAGGGAUUCACAAUGGGGAGACAUUACUGGGAGGUUGCGGUGGCGGGAAAUUAUGUCUGGAGUGUGGGAAUUGCUGCAGAGUCUGUGGAGAGGAAGGGAUGGGUGGGAUUGAUCCCAGAGAAUGGAUUCUGGACUAUCGGACGGGUUGGUGCCAGAUUUUAUGUGAACACUUCCCCUGGGUCCCCUCUCCCUGCUGAGUCCAUACCGGAGAAGCUGGGGAUUCGUCUCAGUUACGGGCUGGGCACGGUUUCAUUUUACAACGCGGACACCAAGUCUCAUCUCCACACCUUCACUGGGAAUAAAUUCACGGAGAAACUUUAUCCUUUCUUCUGGACUGGGGAUGAAAAUAAGUGGCUGAGAAUCUGCUCCGGUUCCGCUCUGGGUCUGUAAGCGGGUCGGGUUGCAGAACCAAUGUCGGGAGUGGGGCUCAUGGGCUGUAGGGGCAGAAACCCCUUUGAAAACAAGAUGGCGUUGAAUGGGUCCCAUUUCACAAAUAAGUCCCAGUGAAGUCUGUAAAUAAAACCAGCGAGAAAACAAAGGUCAGAAGAAUGAUAAGUAAAUGAAUAAAUUCUCCCACGCCUCUUCUACUGUCAUUUGCUCCCUGCCUCGUUCACUCAAUCCAUACCAUCGCCUUUUGUAUAAUUGAUGUUUUUCAUGUGAGUGCUGGGUCUGUGGGAGAUACAGCAAAGCAAGGGUUAAAGACAAUGUCCAGGCGAAGAUGACUACAGCAGUGUGUAUUCAAAACCAGACAAGGGAGAGCUUUGAAGUGAGACUGCCGGAGACGCCUCUGCUCACCACGGACAAGAUAGGCAGGGGUGACUGCGGCAGUCUGUACUCGAAGCCAGAUGAGUGAGGACUUACUGUACACAAUAGAGGGUGCUGGAGACAGGUGAGAUAAGAAUAAUGGAAGGAUGUGAAACUUGCUUCUCUAACUUUAAAGUGUCAUCGGUUGCCAGCUUGUAGCUUCUAUUGACUUUAACACCUCCAUUGUGAAUGGCAAUUGAUCUUACAAGUAAGGAAUUGAACCAUAUACAAUUUACCAAAUGGUCAAUAUCCGUAACUGAUAAGCCAAUUCUGUAGAAAACCAGCAGUGUUCUGUCCUGGCUUCAGAGGAGUGUGGAUAACAGGGACUAUACUGUUCUCCUUAUGCACAAGUAGAAUAA